AUGGAAAUGAUGGAGUUUCUUGGCGUGUUUGGAGUAGACAGUCCAAGUCUGCGCUCCGUAGAGCAGUGUCGUAAGGACGACGGCCUUGUGCAUCUUCAGCUGGGUAUUCAGUUGGAGGCCGUGGCGACUCCAGACGGAGUUCCGCAGCCAGCCGAAGGCUUGGCGGACUUUGGAGGUCCGGUGGGCAACCUCAUCGUCGAUUCGGAUGCUGUUGGAAAGUGUGCUUCCGAGAUAGGCAAAAAUGUCCACGGUUUUGAGUUGGUGGCCGUCGGCAAUGAUUCGAGGAGGAGUGCAAUGUUGCGUGUUCGGUGA